AUGCCUGUGGUGGACAUGCUGGCCCUCUCCUCGGUUACCCUGUUGUUCUGUUGCCUAGCUGUUGCACUGGUUGCCAUGUCGAUGAAGUGGAUGCUGGGCCGGCGUCAUUCAUCGAGGAUGUGUGAGACUGUGCCAUGCCUGCCGACGGUACCUUUCCUGGGCAGUUUACUGAGUCUGCGCUCCCCACUGCCCCCACACCUGCUCUUCACCCAGCUGGCCAGCAGAUACGGGGGUUUGUUUGGUCUCUUCCUGGGUCCACACUACACACUGGUGGUCAGUGAAAUCGAUCCGGUGAGAGAGGUGCUGUUGCAGAAAGGCAGGGAGUUUGCUGGGCGCCCAAAAAUGGUGACAACAGAGCUGCUCACUCGAGGGGGCAAGGACAUUGCGUUUGCAGAUUACAGCCCCUUAUGGAAGAGCCAUCGGCGACUAGUACACGCCUCAUUCAGUCUGUUUGGAGAAGGAUCCAGCAAACUGCAGACUAUUGUUCUGGAGGCCGCAGACAGCCUGUGUGUGGACCUCCAGGCAUGUAGGGGGCAGCCUUUAGACCUCAGCAUGCCUCUAAUGGGAGCAGUCACUAAUGUUGUGUGUAGGCUGGUCUUUAGCUCCUCCUACCAGCCACAUGACCCGGAGCUCCUCACAGUUAUGGAGUACAAUGAUGGCAUCGUUCAGACCAUCGCAAGAGGAGGAUUAGUGGACAUCUAUCCCUGGUUAAGGAUUUUCCCUAAUAAGGAUUUAGCCAGACUGAGAGAAUGUGUGUCUGUAAGGGAUAAACUACUGAGCAAGAAACUAGAGGAGCACAAGAAGACCCUUAUCCCUGGGGAGCCGCGAGACUUACUGGAUGCUCUCCUGAUUGGUCAGAAAGGGUCAGGUGACGAGAGUGACAUCACAGAUGAUCAUGUUCUGAUGACAGCUGCAGAGGCCUUUGGUGCUGGAGUGGAGACCACUUCAACAACUCUGCUGUGGACCAUUGCUUUCCUACUGCAUCAUCCACAGGUACAGGAGCAAAUCCAUGCUGAACUGGAUGAGUGUGUGGGCAGGGACCGCCCCCCGUGUUUGAGUGACAGGUCCAUGCUGCCCUUCCUGGAGAGCGUGGUAUGUGAAGUCAUGAGGAUCCGCCCAGUCAGCCCAAUCCUCAUCCCUCAUGUUGCCAUGCAGGACACCAGUAUAGGAGGGCAUCAUGUUCCUAAAGGCACUAGGGUGCUUGUCAACAUGUGGGCUAUUCAUCAUGACCCAAAACAGUGGGAGCAGCCAGACCAUUUUAAACCAGAGCGUUUCCUUGAUACAGAAGGCAAAAGGUUAACCCCAUCCUGUUUCCUGCCAUUUGGGGCUGGGCCACGUGUGUGUGUGGGUGAAUCACUGGCAAGAAUGGAGCUCUUUCUGUUUGUCAGUCGACUACUCCAGCGUUUCAGCUUCAGUGUUCCACCAGGGGCUUCUUUACCUGACCUGAAGGGGCGCUAUGGCGUAGUGCUGCAGCCUCUGUCCUACACAGUAACAGUGACACCACGACACUGA